AACGAUGACCGUCGUCGACACUUCCAGCGACUCCGAGCUUGUUCGCCUGCUGAGUACCAUCCAGGAGCUAUCAGAGCAGCUCAGCCAGAAUCGCUCGCUAGCAACAUCCCUUUACACCACCACUGGAACUGUCAAGACCCAGGCUACUCACGCUCAAACCGGAUUCGUGUUGCGUAGAUUCAACCUCGACAAGACCAAAGAGGCAUAUGAUGCUGAACUCCAACGAAUGAAUGCUUCCCUCGUCUCUGAUAACCAAAAUCUACAACAUGACAACAAGCAACUAGGCAUUCUCAUUCGAGAAUACGAACAAACGUUGGAAAGCGUAAUGAGCGCUUUCCGGACGCGAGCUCGUGACGUGCAAGAACACGAGCUAGCUUUCAUCCGGGAUUACGAAUCAAAACUCCUCAAGAAAGAAUCCGAGAACCUGCUGCGCGCACUGACCACCAGCACUAGCGAGUCUGUUUCUUUGGCCCGUAUGUCCAGGGCACUGCGUAAGCUUAUGCGGUUGCUCAACGGCGAGGAUGCGCUGUCCUCCGCCAGUGGCUCGCCGAGCCCUGACGGUGCUAGCUCACCAGCAAACGAAGCGUUCGAGUUUGACGAGGGGAGAAAGGACGAUCGUGCACUUGAGCAGGAGAUCGAGCUUGCACGUCUCCAGAAAGAGAACAUCGUUCUGAGACGGAUGCUUAAUCUUCAGCUACCGGAAUCGGAGUACAGAGGAAGUGGAGUCGAGAGUAUAGGCACCGUUGAUUUACAUCGACACCUUGUCCCACGCCCGUCUUCAAUGAUACAACGGGGGGAGAAACUCGGUGGAAUGCGUGGCACCGUUGGGCCUUAUGGAACGUACAAGCGGAGACCAGGGCAGGCGUUAUAGGUAGCUCAUCCGUCCACCUCGUUGCUGUUUUCUUUUACAUUGUAGCUGUGUUUGCGCUGUCGUUUGCCCGGUUCCCUUUUGCAUACACUACUAGCACUGAUCCUGGAAUCUAUCCUCACCUACUAUUUCAGAUAUCAUGAGUCCUGCAUUUGCACUUUCUAGUCAAUAUUCUCUGGAGGCCGAGUAUUGGAAUUGUGAAGAGAUGGGGGAAUGGAGCAUUUGAAUGCGAAACACCAUUCAUGCUGGCUGCAUCGAUUCGUGGGGCACUGCGAGACCCCUUCUCAUGUGAAGCGCCAACUAGCUUCUGGAUGUUUCCACAUCGAAAGGCCGUGACUGUUCGAUUGACUGGUGUGGUUCCCCAACACGAGGUAGGCAG